AUGAAUCGAGCUGAAACUGCUCGCGAAGCUGCUAUAUCCGUUCUGAAGGAUAGUGGAUCAAAAGUAAGUUUCCUUUGUUUUUCUUUGACUUUUAGAAAAAUUCAAGAGCAUAAUUUGCCCGGGAUAAAGCCAACAUAAUGGAUUAGAGUUGUUUUAGGUUACAAAAAUAGACAUUUUUGAUUAUGAAAUACUCUAUAAGGAGCAUUAGAGCUGGAGAUGCAGUUUUACAGGUUUUUAUGGUAUUGUCAUCAAUUAUUUCACUUUUUUUUGUCAUGGAAUAUAAUUCCUACCUAAAGUUUCAAUUAAACGUAAUCCCUGUUUUGUCUUCAGGUAAUACUGAUGAUCAAAGUUCCCGGACUGAAACGACAGAAAUCCCUGAUAAAAGCUCUUCUUCGUAUAUUCAAAAAGCCGAAUGAUCCCUUUUCCCUCUCGACGAAUGCCCAAUUUGUCAACUAUGCGCUCACAAAUGGCUCGCUCGACUUCUCAGUUGAUGUUUAUGAAACUCCGAAAGCAUUGAAAGAUCGAUCAGAAAUCAAACAGAAUUAUUUCUGUAAAAUCAACCAGUUUCCAUCGAGGAUUAACCCAGAAAGUGCUGAAUUUGAGGUAUAAUUUUUUUUUGAUUAGUUGUUGACGUUUAGAUAUUGAAAACAUGCAUGCUGAAGAUGAUUUGUUUAUUUAUAACUUUUUUGGUUGUAACUUCUGGCUGUUUUUCCUAUGAGGGGAAGACUUGACCCGAAAGGACUUGGUUUGGGUCAAGUCUUGCUCUCUGCGUAAAAUUUGCCGGUUUGGUAAAGAAAAGCAUAUACUAAUUAUUGAUUAUGUUUCAGCUAGUAGAAGGUGCCUCGGGCGAUUGCUAUUUCCUCCUCACCGCCAUCAAAUUGGAUAAUUUGAAUACGAAUUGGAAAGAAUUUCAGGCCGCCAACGGCACACUGGAUGUGGCCGAAGCUUAA